ACACACACACACUUCAAACAGACACAGAUCGAAAAAACUGAAAAGCAAAAGACCCAGAAAGCAAAUCCCCCAUGGCCAUGGCCUCCUCUUCUACCAAAGCCAUCUUCUCUUCUCCCAUGAUCACCUCCUCUCCUUCUUCACACCCAUCACAAAAGUCACCUUCUCUUCUCUCAUUCCUCCACACCACCACCUCCACACCAAUCUCCUUUAAACUUUCCCAUUCUCGUUCUACUUCCGGCCAGCUGGUUGUCAACAGUGUCCUGAAAACAGUAACAUCACCGGAAACCUCGGCCAUCAACUACCCAAGCCAAGAUCUCAACUAUCCAAGACCCACCAUCUUGGUCUCCGAGAAGCUCGGAGACGCGGGUCUUGAAGUUUUACGUAGUUUUGGCCACGUGGAAUGCUUGUACGGUCUCUCACCCGACGAGCUCUGCUCCAAGAUCUCGUCUUGCGACGCGCUGAUUGUCAGGAGCGGUACCAAGGUGAGUAGACAGGUGUUCGAGGCCUCCAAAGGGCGGUUGAAGGUGGUGGGCCGUGCCGGCGUGGGCAUUGACAACGUGGAUCUGCAGGCCGCCACGGAGUUCGGUUGCCUUGUGGUUAAUGCACCGACAGCCAACACAGUGGCCGCCGCCGAGCAUGGAAUUGCUUUGCUCACUGCUAUGGCUAGGAAUGUCGCUCAGGCCGAUGCGUCCAUGAAGGCUGGAAAAUGGCUACGUUCCAAGUAUGUUGGAGUCUCUCUAGUUGGAAAAACGUUGGCAGUUAUGGGAUUCGGGAAAGUUGGAUCUGAAGUGGCGAGGCGUGCGAAGGGGUUGGGUAUGAAUGUGAUUGCGCAUGAUCCAUAUGCACCGGCAGACAGAGCCCGUGCUCUAGGUGUGGAAUUGGUACCUUUUAAUCAAGCCAUCUCCACAGCGGAUUUUAUCUCUCUCCACAUGCCACUCACUCCUGCUACUUCUAAGGUCUUCAACGAUGAAACUUUUGCCAAUAUGAAGAAAGGAGUUCGGAUCAUCAAUGUUGCCAGAGGUGGAGUCAUAGAUGAAGAUGCGCUUGUGAGGGCCCUCGAUAGUGGCAUUGUUGCUCAGGCUGCUCUUGAUGUGUUCACGGAGGAGCCCCCGCCCACAGAUAGCAAGCUAGUGCAGUGUGAGAACGUCAUUGUCACCCCUCACCUUGGAGCAAGCACAAAGGAAGCACAGGAAGGUGUAGCUAUUGAAAUAGCGGAGGCUGUUGUAGGGGCGUUGAAAGGGGAACUCUCUGCAACUGCCGUCAAUGCUCCCAUGGUCCCUCCUGAGGUUGUGUCAGAGUUGUCACCUUACGUUGUGCUAGCCGAGAAGCUAGGCAGGCUAGCUGUACAGCUAGUGGCCGGAGGCAGUGGAAUCAAAUCUGUAAGGGUUGUCUAUAAAACUCCUCGUGACCCAGAUGACCUGGACACAAGACUUCUCAGGGCCAUGAUCACAAAAGGCAUAAUCGAACCGAUAUCAGACUCAUUUGUUAACCUGGUGAAUGCGGAUUUUACUGCAAAACAAAAAGGCCUCCGCAUAAGUGAGGAAAGGAUAGCUGUUGACUCGUCGCCGGAGUUACCUGUUGACUCAAUUCAGGUGCAAAUAUCGGAUGUGGAGUCUAAAUUUGCAAGUGCUGUUUCAGAUAUUAACGGAGAUAUAAGCAUUGAGGGGAAAGUGAAAUUCGGAGUACCCCACCUGACAUGUGUGGGAUCCUUUCCCGUGGACGUGAGCCUGGAAGGAAACCUGAUUUUGUGCAGGCAGGUGGAUCAACCGGGCAUGAUUGGGCAGGUUGGAAACAUACUGGCUGAGCAGAAUGUGAACGUGAGCUUUAUGAGUGUGGGAAGGACCGUCCUGAGGACAAAGGCUAUUAUGGCGAUUGGUGUGGAUGAAGAACCAGAUAGGGAAACGCUUGGAAAAAUAGGGAAGGUGGGGGCCAUUGAAGAGUUUGUGUUCCUCAAACUGUAGAAGAGAAAUAUGUUGAGUACGUUGUGUUGUUUAAGGAUGCCCACAUAGGUUUUACAGUGGAUGAGAUGUGAAUAAUAGUUGGCCGCUUCACAAAUAAAGCAGUCAGCACAUGAAUGCCCGUCCAAGAUUGCCUGAAUUUGAGUUUAGUCCAGAUUUUGUAAUGUUCUUCUGUCACCCUGCAAUACUAGAAAGCAGGGGUGUUAGUUUCAUAUAUUCUCUGUAGUAAGGUGGAGCAUUUCUUCAUCCCCUUGAGUGAUUUUUGUUGUUGUUGUACUUUAUGUUUUUCUUGCUGGUUGUGGUAGCUAGGAGUGGUUUUUUGUGGUAGUGUAAUUCUUCUGUGAAUUGACAUAUUAUUAAGGCUCAGUUUCAUUUGAAUGUUUUUCCUCGGAAAAUAGAUAACAAUUUCUGGUA